GACGUGAGGGAGAAGAUUGCAACAGAGCGGCUGAUGGGGGAGGACCCGCGCGGCGGGCGGUAGCAGCGAAAACGCGACAUUAGCGGUGGAAAGUUUACUGUGACUCACUUCAGCGGAAGUGAAGCUCAACCAAAGUCUGUGCGCAACAGGUGUCAGUUGGUUCGUAUGCUUGUUGUGUGACUCUCUUCCUUUGAAACGUUUGGAAAGUGACGACAAAAGUUUUCGUCGGUUAGAAGAGUAACAACAUGUCAACGCUCCGACCCAGGCUGUGUGUGCUGGAGAAAGAAUCCGGCGGCUACGGGUUCCACCUGCACGGAGAGAAGGGCAAGACCGGGCAGUUUAUCCGGCUCGUGGAGCCCGACACUCCCGCCUCCAAAUCCGGGCUUUUCGCGGGCGACCGCCUGGUGUUCGUGAAUGGAGAGAGUGUGGAGGGCGAGAGUCACCAGCAAGUGGUCGCCAAGAUACGAGCCACCUCCGGGGCUUUAGAGCUUAUCGUGGUGGACGCCGACACGAAUGAGCUGCUGAGGAAACACAACCUGAAGUGCCAGAAAGAAUUCGUCACUGAGGGGAUUCCCGUACCCGGCGGGGACAGCGACUCAGACCGCGUGGACUCACAGAGCAACGGUACCCCGCGGGAGUCCAGCCCUGUCCCGCGUGAGAACGGGGAUGCUUCCUCGGACAGGUCGGGGAGGCUGAGUGUUAGCUCCAGCACCAAGGAGGAGAGGAGCGGCCCGCGGCCUCGUCUCUGCCACCUGAAGAAAGGAUCCACCGGCUAUGGCUUCAACCUACACAGCGAGAAGUCCAAACCAGGCCAGUUCAUCCGAGCCGUGGACGACGACUCUCCUGCACAGAGAGCGGGCCUCAGACCACAGGACAAGAUCAUCCAGGUGAACGGGCGUUCAGUGGUUGGUAUGCAGCACUCAGACGUGGUGGCAGCCAUCAAAGCAGGAGGAGAUGAGACCACGCUGCUGGUGGUCGAUGCCGAGGCCGAAGAAUACUUCAAGAGAUGCAACGUCGUUCCCAGCGAGCAGCACGUCUCUGGACCUCUUCCUGAGCCAGUGUCAGAGAGAGCAUCGGAGGAUGAGGAGGUGGUGGUGCCAGCAGCAGCAGAGAGGAAGCCCAAAGCCUCUGUGAGCUCGUCAGCCUCCGACGCCUCGUCCAACACCUCCAUACCAGCAGCCAGCAGCAGCUCCCCCCCUCCAGAGAGGGUCCAGAAGGCCAAGGUCCCGGAGCCGGCCCCGGCCUCUGCCCCGGCAGCAGCCGGUCUGGAUCUGGGUCUGUCACUGGCCCAGGCCAAAGAAAGAGCCCGUCAGAAACGAGCCGCCAAGAAAGCCCCGGCCAUGGACUGGAGCAAGAGGAACGAACUGUUCAGCAACUUGUAAACACCAACAUCAUCGUCGUCGUCAUCAUCUUCAUCAGGUCCACCCCCUCCAGACUGUCUGUGCUGCCCUGUGUGCUCUCUGGAUGUAGUCUUUAGGUUGUCGCACUGCAUGAGCAGUGUUCAUUUAGAAUGUUUGAAACAGUAUUAUGAUUUUAUCUGUUUUAAUUUUGGGUUUUACCACUCUGCUUUCAUGUUUGAAUAAUGUCCGCGUCACACAGGAAUGAAUGUUAAUAUAUUGAAGAAUGUUUGUUUUAAAGAGAAAAAAAAAUAUUGUACAGUCUCUCAUGUGAAAGGAAUUAUGGGACAUAAUGGGAAAAGAAGUUUGUUUAAAAUCAGAGUUUGAAUGAAUUUCAGAUCUUUGUCUUCAAUCAGAAACUAGAAUGAAAGAAUCUGAGAAGAAUGCUGAAUAACUCUCCUGAGCCUCCAUCGCAUCAUCAACGCCAUCAUUCCACGACAGCCUCUGAGCUCCAUCAGUGUGUUAAGGGACACUGUCGUCUUUAGAAACAUGAACGCUCCGGUAGCCUUACUGGAAACAAUCCUUCACGUCUGUCAUGUCGUCUUUCCCUCCUUUCAGGGUCUCUGUCACAUUUUAUGAUUCAAGGAAAUUAUAAUUUUUUUCAUGUUGCUCUUGAUAGAUUUGUACAUACAUGAAUAAAUGAUCGAAGAGGAAAUUGUAUUUUGCCUGAGAAAUGAAGCUCCUCGGUAAGUCGUGUUGAUUCUGCUCGCAGGAAUUUAAAGCUGCACCAGUUGGUCUGAACGUCAUUGACUGAGACUUUCAUUGUGGAAAUAUGAAAUCUGUGCAGGUGAACUGAUGUAGAAUGUAUUGAGCUUGACAAAUAUAACAUUUGGAUCAAAUGAGA